AAAAAUAUGAGAGAGAAGAGUUAUUCUCUGAAUCAUUCUCGUGCGUUUAAAGUCAUGCUCUCAGUGAGCUUUAUUUCUCCAUCUUCACUUAAUAUAAGUUUUAUCAUGGUAUCAGAGCCGAAAUUCUGGAAACAUAAAUUCUAGUUUUUCGCUCUCUUGUUUUUUUCUCACUAUGGCAGUAGGUGAUUCUAUCAAUAAACUCAGCUAUGAAGCUUUGGGUUGUAUUUCUUGUGCCCAAGUAAAUAUGGCAUAUACAUUGCCACAUUCUCGUCCUUGGAUAAUUGAUUCUGGAGCUACUGAACAUAUCACUUGUAGUGAUACUAAUCUUUUCAAUAUCAUCAAUCAUGUGUCGGAAUCCUCAGUCACAAUUCCUAACGGCGAAUCAAUUCCGAUUCAUGCUGUCGGAAGUUUAUAUUUACCCAAUGGGCUCUGUCUUGAACGUGUUCUAUAUAUUCCAAAAUUUCAAUGCAAUUUACUUUCAGCUAGUCGCUUAACAAGUGAUCUAAAUUGUACUCUGACAUUUUUCCCAGACUUCUGUAUUCUGCAGGACGUACCAACGAGGAAGCUGAUUGGCGUGGGUAAAUUUCGUGAUGGUCUUUAUUACUUGGAAUCUCAAGAAAGUGAAAGAGUGGCAAUGUCAGUCUCUAUUAGUUCAGAUAUAUGGCAUCAACGGUUGGGACAUGCAUCUGAUGGAAAAUUACAUCAUAUUAAUUCUCUCAAGGGUUUUCGACGGAGUGAUAAUUUUUGUGAUCCAUGCAUCCGUGCUAAGCAGACUAGACUGCCAUUUCCUACAAGCUCCAUUAAGACAACUCGCUGUUUUGAAUUGAUACAUUGUGACAUAUGGGGAGGCUAUAGAUGUGAUUCACUCUCUGGAGCACGGUAUUUUCUAUCUAUUGUUGAUGACUUUACUAGAGGUGUGUGGGUUUAUUUAAUGAAAAAUAAAUCUGAAGUAUCCCAAUUUUUAAUUCAAUUCUGCAAUAUGGUUGAGACCCAAUUUGAGCAGAAGGUGAAACGAAUACGGGCAGAUAAUGGUUUAGAAUUUCAAACCAACAACUUAUUUGAUUAUUAUGGACGGGCUGGAAUUUUAUUAGAAACAUCAUGCACAUACACACCACAACAAAAUGGAGUUGUGGAACGUAAGCAUAGACACAUAUUGGAGGUUGCAAGGGCACUACGUUUUCAGUCUGGGUUACCUAUUGAUUUUUGGGGAGAAUGUAUUUUGACUGCUGUUUACAUCAUUAAUAGGCUUCCAUCACCCAUUAUUUCUAACAAAAGUCCUUUUGAAAUGCUAUUUGGGAAAGUGCCUAGUUAUGAUCAUUUGCGUGUAUUUGGAUGUUUAGUAUAUGCACAUGAUAACAAACGAAAGGAUAAAUUUGGUGAAAGAGGAAGUCCUUGUGUAUUUAUAGGCUAUCCGUAUGGUCAGAAGGCAUAUCGAGUUUUUGAUUUACAAAAACACACUGUUUAUCACUCUCGAGAUGUGACUUUUUAUGAAGAAAAAUUUCCUUUCAAAAUUGGUUUGGAUCAAGAACUUGAUUUUUCCUCACUUAUCAACAAAGUUUACAAUCAAAUUUUGUGCCAUGAGUGCCCUACGACACAGCCACAUAACAGCUCACCUAGUAGCAUUGUACUUCGUCCGAUGGCUAUACUCGAACAACCUUCAUCUGAGCAGGACGAUUGCAGCCCCACACCAGCUGCGGCGGCCAGCUUGGAGCCUGAUUUAUCAUGUGAUGAGCAGCCAUAUACGUCCCACGUUGAUCAGCUACAACAUAUGUCUACCGCUGGUCCUUCACGUGGUGCAGCAUGCCUUGACCACACAUCAAAAGAAAAGGACAACCUGCUGCCUAGUACGGUCCUACUUCCACCUCACGAGAAGCUUCCCACAUAUAAUAAUAGUGAACAGCAGCAGCCCCCUGAAAACUCCACAUGUGAAUUAUUAUCUCCUAAUGGACCCACAUUUAAAAGGAAAGUUAAUGAGCUGCGUACUGAUGCUACCAUCCAAUUUGGAAAUCUGCCCACUAACUUUGACAUUUGUGGACAAAGAACAAAUGAUGUGGGUCCCACUCCAUCAUCAUGCAUUGAACCUCCCAUUCAUCAAAAAAGGAGUGAUAGGACUCGAAGACUGCCGAAGCAUUUGGAUAAUUUUGAGACUGACUUACCCCCUUCACUUGAUCAUUCACGGCCCACCGCCAGUUCAGUUAACUCAACGGUAUAUCCUCUUUCUGACUUUAUCAGUUAUGAAAAAUUUUCCUCCUCACAUAAAGCUUUUCUAGCGGCCAUCACCUCACGUGAUGAGCCCAAAUAUUUUUCACAAGCUGUACAGGAUCCUCUGUGGAGAGAAGCCAUGCAAAAGGAAGUCAAAGCAUUGGAAGAAAAUGGAACAUGGACAUUGGUCGAGUUACCUCCUCACAAAAGAGUGGUUGACUCUAAAUGGGUUUAUAAAAUAAAAUAUAAACCUAAUGGGGAGGUGGAACGUUAUGAAGCUAGACUCGUUGCCAAGGGUUUUACACAGGUAGAGGGAGUUGACUUUCAUGAAACUUUUGCGCCGGUUGCUAAACUUGUUACUGUGCGGUGUCUAUUAGCAGUUGCAGUCAAGCAAAAUUGGGUGGUACAUCAACUGGAUGUUAAUAAUGCAUUUCUCCAUGGAGAUCUUUCAGAGGAUGUGUACAUGCGUAUUCCCCAGGGAUUUACGAAAGGCGGUGACACCCGUGUUUGCAAAUUACACAAAUCUUUAUAUGGAUUACGUCAGGCCUCUCGUAAUUGGUACCAUAAGUUCACUCAAGCUCUUACUAAAAUUGGAUUUUGUCAAUCCCAAGCAGACCACUCAUUGUUCAUCUUCCGACAGAACUCCAUUACUACAUUUGCUCUUAUUUAUGUGGAUGAUGUUAUUCUAGCCGGAAAUGACAUCACCCAUAUUAACGAAGUAAAAGGGUACUUGGAUACCGCAUUUAGCAUUAAAGACUUGGGUAAAUUAAAAUAUUUUCUCGGUAUUGAAGUUGCUCGCUCUCCUGAGGGUUUUGUCUUGAGCCAACGCAAGUAUACUCUUGAUAUUUUGGAAGAGAGUGGACUUCUUGCAGGACGUCCUUGUUCGUUUCCUAUGGAACAGAAUUUAAAACUUCGUCCAAAUGAUGGUAGCCCGCCAGUAGAUGCAUCUUCCUACCGCCGUCUUAUUGGGCGUUUGUUGUAUCUUACAGUGACUCGUCCGGAUAUUGUUUACUCUGUUAGUCAACUCAGUCAAUUUCUCAACAAUCCACGUCAAACCCACCUUGAUGCGGCCAUACGGGUUCUCCGCUAUUUGAAACAAACACCUGGCCAAGGCAUAUUUCUCUCAUCGGAGAAUGAUUCCACAUUAAAAGGUUAUUGUGAUGCCGAUUGGGCAGGAUGCUCGUUUACCCGCCGAUCUAGCACCGGUUACUUCAUCACCCUUGGGCACUCACCUAUCUCUUGGCGAACAAAGAAACAGUCGGUUGUCUCUCGCUCUUCCGCUGAAGCAGAAUACCGUGCCAUGGCGGUUACAGUUAGUGAAAUUUUGUGGCUACGAUGGUUGCUCAGAGAUCUCACAGUUCCUCAGAAGGGUCCCACACCCCUUUAUUGUGAUAAUCAAGCUGCUCGACAUAUUGCGCUCAAUCCAGUUUUCCAUGAGCGUACUAAGCAUGUUGAGAUAGAUUGCUUUUUUGUACGUGAAAGAGUUGCCACAGAUGAAAUCCAACCACUAUCCAUCUCCACAGCCAAUCAGGUGGCUGAUAUAUUUACCAAAGCACUUGGAGCAGAACGUUUUCAGUUUCUUCGAAGCAAGUUGGGUGUUCGUAACCUUCACACUCCAUCUUGAGGGGGAGUAUUGGAACAUGUGAUAUUUUAAUAUUGGAAUAAUUUAAUAUUGGUUUACAUUAUAUAUUUUCUUAGCCUAUAUUAUUGCAUUUAAG